GAUCAGAGGCACAAACUAUUAUUCUUGUUAACCAGUUGUGUAUCCACCCACAUGUCUAUUUUACUACAACCUUUUUGACUAUUUCUGUUAAGCGCUCAUAGAUCCACUCAUAUUCCAAUUAUUUAUGUAAUUAAUCUCUCUGAUUCCUAAGGUUUCAAUGAAGUCUCCAGGUCAGUUCAUUCUACUUCAUAACUCCUAAGAAAUUUACAAAUCCAGUGUGUGGGUCUUCCAGUGAGUUGGAGAGGAUUGAGGAACCAUGGAACAGUUUGAAAGCUUCACAUGGACUAUACCUGUUAUAUUGGUGCUUGUAAGCAUUGGAUGCUGUAUUGCAUGUGGUAGAGCUGAGUACAGAAUAGGGGAUGAAUGUUGUCCCAUGUGUUCACCAGGAAAUCAUGUACAUAAGCAUUGUACUGAAUUCACCAGCACCAGCUGUGUGCCCUGUGUUGAUUCUACAUUCCUUGAUGAGCCCAAUGGUCUCAUGAAAUGCAAAGUGUGUACCAACUGUGAUCCAGGUUUGGGUUUGAUGGUAAAGCAGCCAUGUACACCUUCAUCAGACACUGUCUGUGGGACACUGGAGGGGUUCUACUGUCUAGACCCAACUAAGGAUGGUUGUAGAGCAGCCCAGAGACACAGCAGCUGUAAACCUGGUCAAUACAUCAGCCACACAGGAACAACAUCUACAGAUACUGUGUGUUCUGACUGUACUGGUGACACCUAUUCAAAUGGAUCAUUAACAGCCUGUCAGUCACACACUGGAUGUGAAUCCUUGGGACUUCAGGAAAUUAAACCAGGAUCUCCUUGGUCGGAUUCAGAGUGUGGACCACAACUAUCCCAUUACACAGCUAGAGGCAGAUUUGGUGCUAUGGCAUCCAUGACAGUUGUCAUGAUAUUAGCUGGAGCUGUUUUCUUAUUAAUAAUAGUGAGAAGAAAUGUCGGCAUUUUAUCUGUUUCUAUUGAGUCGGUAAAUUAUUUAGUGUGUGUGCGAGAAUAAUUGUUUAGUGUUUGUGUGUGAGUAUGAGUCACGUUCCUGACCUGUUUUCCUUUUUCUUGUAUUUAUUUAGUUGGUCAGGGCGUGAGUUGGGUGGGUUUGUCUAUGUUUGAUUUUCUAUGUUGGGAUGUUUGUGUUCGGCCGGGUAUGAUUCUCAAUCAGAGACAGCUGUCAAUCGUUGUCCCUGAUUGAGAAUCAUACUUAGGCAGCCUGGGUUUCACGUGUGUUUUGUGGGUGUUUGUAUCUCGUGUCAGUGUUCGUACCACACGGGACUGUUUUCGGUUUUGUCACGUUUGUUGUUUUUGUAUGUAUAAGUGU